GCCGGUGGGAUGAGAGAGUUCUGCUCGGGAUCGAACCAACCUUGUCUUCUCCUUGUUUUGCCGCCGCCUCCCCUGAUGACAUCAACACUGCGGAGAGCCGCCUCGCGCUCACACUCUGCUGCAGGACGCCAGUGCGCAAAGCGGAUCGUGUGGUAUUGAUUGGUGAUCUAUCAUCAUGUCGCUGUACUCGUCUCAGAUUAAAACGUUUAAGAGCGCAGAGCCCAAGACACUUGGCGCUAUUGAGAUCUUAAUUGGCAUGUUUACUGUCAUUUUGAGCUCAAUUGUGCAUAAGCUUCACUACCAUAUCCAGCGUGAAAUCAUCAUCCUCAUCGUCAACGGUGCUCAGCUUGUCAUAACUGGUGUUGUCCUGGUGUACACUGGGAGGAGGCCAUCUAAAUGUCUGGUGCUGACAACCACUGUUCUGCAAUUACUAACAGCAGUAUUUGAUGUUGUUGGAUUUGGACUCAUAGCCAGAUACGUCCCAUUCAGAGGAGAGUCGUACUUCUACAGGGACACAGAGUUCUUAGCGAAUGGGAUCUUGGUGACACUGAUCGGUUUCCUGGUGCUAGCGUGUAUCAUUGGUUUGCUUGUGUCUUUUUUUGGGGCCUACGCCCUUUCUGUUAGUUCCAUAAAGGAGGUGACACCCAUCCCUCACUCUACAGCAAACCAACAUUAUGGUGAUGGCGGUCAAACCCAGAACAAGAUCUAUGCUGGAAACUGACAAAAUGAGAGUCGUUCAGGGCACAGUCUUAGCACAGUUUUACACCAACUGCAAAAGAGGACUGUUUCACCUACAAACCACUCACAGGUAAACAACCACAGCUACAGAAAAUUUGUAAAUAAUUUUUUGAAAAUAAAAUGAAUAAAAUCU